CGCAGACGUGUUACUACCAAAUAAUACCACCUGUUUGCUGCGUGACCGUUCCUGGCGACGGGACGCAACCGAAAGGGGCAACUGUCAACGUAUCUGUGCCAAGCAUAAAAGGGAGUGAUGCCCCUCCCUUCUGAGUGUUUUGUGUGAUAUGAAGAAAUUAUCAUUUGUGUAGACUCUCUCAAUCCACUCAGGAAGACCAAUGGCCCGAGUAUUCGGAGUUCAUCAACACCCACCUUGGCAACGCAAAGUUAACAGACUACACAUCAAGCGGGCAGUCGCAUCAAGAAAACAGCAACUGAAAGAUACCUGACGUUAUCGCCACCACACAUUCCACAAGAGGAGGUUUGAUAAAACCACAAACCAGCACCACCAAAUGGCACCAACCUCUUCUCCCACGGGCCUCAUCCUACCCCGUGAUGCCUGCCACGACCGCCACGGCUGCGGCACCAUCCGCUCCGACAAGCUCCCGAUCAUCAUCGCCGUCGCCGUCAUUGUUGCCAUCAUCAUAGUCACCAUCUAUUGGUGCAGCUUCCGGUCAUUGAGGGCUCAGAAACGAAUGCGGAGAAUCAAGAGCACAGAAUUGCCUUCAAGCACUGCACCUCCUGCGGUCCGGGAAGUACCCGCACCGACGACGUUAGGAGCGGGGUCAACGGGUGCGGGUGCGGGUGGAAGUGGAGCCACCGAAACCGGGGCCGUAACGGCGGCGGCAACGACGACGGCGGGAGAGGUAGGAGGAACGACAUGGCAGGUUCCGACGAGCGGGCUCAAUCCUCUAGUACCGCCGCCAAUGUACGAGGAGACGCCGCCGCCGCCGCCUACUUAUCAGAGGGAUGCCCAGGCGCCGAGGUAUGCGUGAUGGAUGAUCAUGGGCUUACGUGUCUUUUGUUUACCCAGACAUCUUCGGAGUGCCAACGGGAGUUUAUGUGGGCUUGAUUGAAUCGGGGGAAGUGGUGUAAUGGUGAUGAUGAUGCAAGUCCUACAGGUUGUAGACCUGGCGGGAGUUAAUGUUUGGACGAUUUAAUGUUUCGAUGUAAUAAUCAGUAUACACUAGACAGAUACCCCAAGAGAUACCCCUUGAACCCUCUACACUACUGAUACAGGUAUACCUCCAUCGAAACAAAAUCUCAACAACACCUCAUGUCUCCUCCCUUCCGUUGUGGUUCGAUCUUGAAGCUAUCACGGUGGGGAUGGUCUAGGCAGG